AUGGACAGCUCAGAUUACACAGGGGUAGAGCCAAAGUCCAGUUUGAACAAAUGUGGAGACGUAGAGGAGGGGACAGAGAGGAAGACUGAAUAUCUGAUGAGUGGAGAGCAACAGGACGUACUAACCAACAUGAAGCGGGAGGAAGAUUGGGAAAGGCAGAGUGUGAAAAUGGAGAGGGAGGAUGACAUGAGAGUUGAAGAGGGACUCUGGAAGGAGGAAGAAAAAGAGAAGGAUGAACAGAUGGAGAGAAAAACAACUGAAGUUGCCCAAACUGACAAAUUGGUGAAGGAUGGAGUAAAAUCGGAGCAUGGACCACAGGAAGGGCAGGAGUGGUCUACUCUGGUCACUUCUUGUCAGGUAAAACAGCCUAGAGUGCUGAUUCGCAGGCUAGAAAUUGCCGAUAGUUCAGUCCCUGUGUCAUCCCCUCUUCGUCCCAUAGCCUGUAAAAGAGAUCAGGAAGCGGGAUUUCCAUGUAGACGGCAUGAGCUCUCACCACUGAGAGGAAACGGGUCACUGAGAGAGAAGAAGGGUCAGGUCAUGACCCGGAAGAGGAAGACAGUUGGCCGGUUGGAGAAACCCCUGAAAGUGCUGCUGUCUUCAUCAGAGAACGAGAUCUGUGCUGAAGUCUCCCUUAUUUCUCCUGUCAUGUCUCCCAGGAAUCAAAACACAGGAGGAGCUGUUGAAGUGUCGUCUCAGGACUUUUCCUGCUCCCAGUGCCCAUUCGUUCACACAGAGGAAAUGAAUCUUCAGCAGCACAUUGAGAAGGUUCACCCAGAGGAGCUCAACAGGACUCUGGGGUCCCAGCAACCUCACAGCAGCACACUAAAGCACCCCACAUCCCCAAAAAUGUUCCCUACCCCGACACAGUCCCAAACCGUCACACCAGGGACCCACACAUACCACCAUUUUGGGAAGAGCUUCAAAUCCAAAUCGCUUCUGAGGACACACAAGAAAAUACAUAAAAGAGAGUGUCCGUAUCACUGCUCCCAGUGUGGGAAAAGUUUCCACCGUUUACAUCAUCUGAAGGUACACAAGCGAACUCACACAGGCGAGCGCCCAUAUCACUGCUCCCAGUGUGGGAAGAAUUUCUGCAAUUUAUAUGGUCUGAAGGUACACAAGCGAACUCACACAGGUGAGCGGCCGUACCACUGCUCCCAGUGUGGUAAGAGUUUCAGUCAGUCGAGUAAUUUGAAGCAACACCUGCGAACCCAUACAGGUGAGCGUCCUUACCACUGCUCCCAGUGUGGGAAGAGUUAUACUCAGUCUAAUAAUUUAAAGCAACACCAGCAAACUCAUACAGGGGAGCAUCUAUACCACUGCGCCCAGUGUGGGAGGAGUUUCACUCUGUUCAGCGCUUUGAAGGAACACAAGAGAAUUCAUGCUGGAGAACGACCAUACAAGUGUUCCCAGUGUGAGAGAAGUUUCACUCAUUUGAGUACUUUGAAGCAACACAAGAGAACCCAUACAGGAGAACGCCCGUACAACUGCUCUCUGUGUGGGAGGAGUUUCUCUCUGUUGAGUACUUUGAAAGAACACCAUAGAACCCAUACAGGGGAAUGUCCAUACAAGUGUUCCCAGUGUGGGAAGAGUUUCAGGCAUUUGAGUACUUUGAAGCAACACCAGAGAACUCAUACAGGGGAACGCCCAUUCAACUGCUCCCAGUGUGGGAAGAGUUUCACUCAUUUGAGUACUUUGAAGCAACAUCAGAGAACUCAUACAGGGGAACUCCCAUACCACUGCUCCCAAUGUGGGAGGAGUUUCAUUCAUUCAGGUACUUUGACGAAACACCAGCGAACUCAUACAGGGGAACGCCCAUACAACUGCUCCCACUGUGGGAGAAGUUUCACUCAGUUGAAUACUUUGAAGAACCAUCAGAGAACUCAUACAGGGGAACGCCCGUACCACUGCUCCCAGUGUGGGAAGAGUUUCAGCAGGUCAGAUAAAUUAAAGCUACACCAGCGAACCCAUACUGGGGAACGCCCAUACCUCUGCUCCCUGUGUGGGAAGAGUUUCAGUCAAUCUCAUAAAUUGAAGCUACACCAGCAGACUCAUUCAGGGGACCGCCCGUACCAGUGCUCCCAGUGUGGGAGACAGUUUACUCAGUCGUGCCAACUGACAGCACAUCAGCGAACUCAUACAGGGUAA